AUGUAUCUAUUAAUCUUGAUUUCCCUCUUCAUAGUUUCCCUUUCUUCCUAUUUAUAUUGGUAUUACUACAUUUACGACCCGUUUCUUAACACUUUAAUCGAAACGUGCAAACAUUUAAUUCCAAAACUGAAAUCCCCUUGUGGUGAAGACGAGAGAACAUUCUACUCUGCAAAUGAAAUGAAUAAUAUACUUCGUAAUUCAAGCUUGAAGAGUCAAUUUAGAGAUGGUAAUAUUACUAGUAAAUCUGAAAUAAUGUCUUUAAAUGUUUUUACCCAACUCCAUGUGGUAGUACUAGUUGUGAAGAGAGAUGGAAAGAAAUAUGUUGUGGAUCCAUUGAUUCACAGAUUUCUCGAUAAGAAAUGUCAUUGUUAUUAUGAAAUGAAAAAUAUAAAGCCAAAUACUAAAAAGAUUGUAUAUAAAGCUGAUAAUGGAAGAUUGUUUGCAUGUGCUGAAUUGGAACGUUAUGAAUAUCUUUUAGGUUCUCGUUAUACGAGAUGUUGA